GUUCAAACGGUUCGGUUGUCAUCAUUUGCGCAUUUCGACCUCGUCCUUCUUCCUCCUUGUGACUGCGAUAUAGUUUCAUUUCGUUUUAAUUCCCUUUGUCUUCUUUCACAGUGAUCCAUAAUUCUCUUUGUGUAACCUACAAUAACACAAAGAAACAUUCGAAUUCGAUUUGGAAUGCAUUUUCGUCACUCAUUAUAUACAGAAAUGCAAGAUUAUUUCACAUUAUUAUUUAGUGUGUGACUGUGUUCGUAACCUCAUAUCGAGAAACAUUUUUUUCUAUUUAUGUGUGAAUCCUUUGAUUAUAUAUUGUGCGUAGACAUGUUAAAAAGUACAAAUAUCGUUAUAUCAUACAUGUGUUAUCAAGAAUUUACGAAAAUCUUUGUCUAAAAUAUAGACACGAUUAUAUUAUUCACCAUACAUCAAGAGCUUUCAUAAGAAUUUGCUGAAGUAUAUAUAAGCAGAUUUGUAAACGACAAUAUCACAGAGUGCGCCGUGAUCACUUAGGAGAUAUAACGAUAUAAACAAAAUACGCUUAAGGUGAGGAAUUUUCAUCGGAGAGACGAACGAGAAAAGAUGUGUCAUCAUUGAGAAGAAAAAAAUCUCAGCGAAAGAUACCUUUCCCCAAGAUCCAUUAAUUCGUAUACAAACCACUGAAAGGACGUUGAUCGAGAUGGAGGACAAGAAGCAGUGGGAAAAGACGAAGAAGCUGUUCAGCUGGAGCGACGUGCAGACCGCCGACGAGACUGUAAGAAGUGACUGUAAUCUGGCGAGUGGCAACAUCAUGCAGAACAAUUCGGAAACAUCCUUGGACAUACCGAGCUCGGUAACACCAGGAUUGAACAACACCGCGUGGAAUCGGCAGCAAGCGGUUUGCGUGAGGAACGCGUUCAAAACUUAUGGAAGUUCGAGAAAUCCGAACCAUAUUCUUCAAAACCUUAACAUGACCGUGGCUAAAGGAUCCAUUUACGGGCUUCUUGGUGCCAGCGGUUGCGGUAAAACCACCCUGCUCUCAUGCAUCGUUGGUCGAAGGAAAUUGAACGCCGGCGAGAUCUGGGUACUCGGUGGCAAGCCAGGCACCAAAGGAUCCGGAGUUCCCGGAAGGAGGGUCGGUUACAUGCCGCAGGAAAUCGCCCUCUACGGAGAAUUCAGUAUAAAGGAAACUAUGAUAUACUUCGGAUGGAUAUUCGAAAUGGAUACCGCCGAAAUCAUGGAAAGACUUCAAUUUCUCUUGAAAUUCCUCGAUCUACCCAGUCAAAAUCGAUUAGUGAAAAAUCUUAGCGGUGGCCAACAGCGACGAGUAUCGUUCGCCGUUGCUCUGAUGCAUGAUCCAGAACUCUUGAUUCUCGACGAGCCAACAGUGGGUGUGGAUCCUCUUUUGCGACAAAGCAUUUGGAACCAUUUGGUCCAAAUCACGAAGGAUGGUAACAAGACCGUAAUCAUAACCACGCAUUAUAUCGAGGAGGCUCGACAAGCGCACACAAUUGGUUUGAUGAGGACUGGUCGAUUAUUAGCUGAAGAAUCUCCCAGGACUCUUCUAACAAUGUAUAAUUGUACUUCUUUGGAAGAUGUUUUUCUAAAAUUAUCACGACAAGAAGUGCAAGUUACUCAACAACCAGUAACAAUGAAUAUCUCGAAUAAUAUUAACUUGGCAUCUCUAAACUGGAAUAAAAAAAGUGAACCAGUAUAUGUAACAGAAGAGUCGGGCGUUGUUGGCUUAAACUUUUCCCCGAGCAAAGAGGUUCUCAUUCAUGAUUCAACGAAUGAUCUUGGAAAUCAUUAUGAUAUGAAUGGAAAACCGCUAUCCGGUGGGAAAAAAAUGAGGAAUUGGAAUUCUUCUAAUAAAUUUUCUGACUGGUACAAAAUAUUAAUUAAUGGUAGAAUGAAAGCUUUGUUGCAAAAAAACUUUUUACGUAUGUAUAGGAAUGUGGGAGUAUUACUAUUCGUUUUUGCACUCCCAGUAAUGCAAGUAGUUCUAUUCUGUUUGGCAAUCGGUAAAGAUCCAACAGAUUUAAAAAUGGCGAUAGUUAAUCAUGAAAUUCCUGUUGGAAAUUCGAGUUGUCCGGUAUUAGAUGGUUGCAACUUAUCACUGCUUAGUUGUCGAUAUCUUAGUUUUUUAAACUCAGACUUAAUAGAAAAACAUUAUUAUUCGGAUCUUGAUUCAGCUAUAAAUGCUGUACGAGAAGGAAAUGUUUGGGGAACUCUGUAUUUUACAGAGAAUUUCACGGACGCUCUUGUUGCAAGAAUGGCCUUAGGAAGAGAAGCUGAUGAAGAAACCUUAGAUCAAAGUGAACUCAGGGUUUGGCUAGAUAUGUCCAAUCAACAAGUAGGCCUGAUAUUAGUCAGAGAUAUCCAAUAUUCAUACAGGGAUUUCGCCAAAGAUCUUUUAAAAUCUUGUGACCAGAAUGAAAAAUUAGCUGACAUACCAAUUCAAUUUAAGGAUCCAAUUUACGGUACUCAGGAACCCAGUUUCACCGAUUUCGUGGCACCUGGAGUAAUUUUAACCAUUGUCUUUUUCUUGGCGGUAGCUCUUACUUCUUCCAUUUUAAUCAUCGAAAGAAUGGAAGGUCUUUUAGAUAGAAGCUGGGUAGCUGGUGUUUUACCUGCAGAAAUCAUUUUUUCUCAUGUGAUUACCCAAUUUGUGGUGAUGUGCGGUCAAACUGCAUUAGUGCUAAUCGUCAUGCUUGUUGCCUUCACUGUCGAAUGUCAGGGACAAGUCGGUUGGGUAAUAGUUUUGACAAUUCUUCAAGGUCUUUGUGGCAUGUGCUUCGGGUUUGUAAUUUCAGCAAUUUGCGAACUUGAAAGGAAUGCAAUUCAGCUUGCUUUAGGCAGUUUCUAUCCUACACUUCUAUUAAGUGGUGUGAUUUGGCCAAUAGAAGGUAUGCCAUCGUUCUUGCGACGUAUAUCGCAGGCUCUUCCUUUAACAAUGGCCACGACAGCGCUGCGUGCUAUGUUAACACGAGGUUGGGAUAUGGGAGAAAUGGACGUUUAUUUGGGUUUUAUUUCAACCAUCAGUUGGAUAAUCCUGUUCCUUACGAUAAGCAUAUUGGUGCUCAAAUUUAAGCGCGGGUAGAUUCAAAUACGCUUUAUCCAAGCGUUUGAAAAUCGUCAUCGCUACGUGAAAAAAAUAAAACAAAUUAAAAACAUGUCGGUUCGGCUGAAACAAUCAUGAUCAGCCACUGUUGGAAACCUAAAGCGGAAAACGAUCGCUUUAACAGCUUUCUCGAGACGAUCUCGUUGCGGCCUCCGUGUAUAAAUUUUCAGAUAUGAUAUGCUCCUUAUGCGCUUAAUAUCCCUUGAAUGUAAAUUGUAUGAAAGAACGAAUGAGUGUUUAAAGUGUGUUUGAUCCUUGGGGAUCCUUUUUUCCUUUUAUCCCUUCUUUUUUAUUUAGUGCAACAUCUGUAAUAUAAUAUGUAUCUUUAAGGAUGCAUUUUACCAAGGAUAUUUACAAGAAGUAUUCAUCGUCUCGUUUAAAUUGACCUACGAGAACACUGUACAGUAUAUUUGGUGAUGAACGAGACGAUUUUUACUUAUAUCCGAUACAACGUGCCCUCGUAAAUUGUAAAUGGGAUUGUGAGUAGUAACUGGUUAAGUUAAUGAGUAGUGAAUUAGAUGUAGGAGAGUCCUACUUGCCCAUGACUUAAAUGUAUGUUUUAUUUAUCUUGUAACGUGAUGAGAAACGAUACGAUUAAAAAAGACGGAAAACGAAAAAAUGAUAUAUAAAAGUAAAAUGGAAAUAGGUUUAAUAUUUUGUAUAAAGAUCAACAUUGACCGAUAUAAUUAGAAUAAUUAAUAUGCGUUAGUAUGCAAUUCGAUUUUAAGACAUAAAAUAUGUACCAUAUUGUAGCAUAUGAAUUAUAUUUUAUAUAUUAUCGAUAUUUUUAACGGGCGAUUUGAUUCUCUUAUACAGAGAAUACAUAAAAAAGAUUUAUAAAAAA